UGUUAUUUUCUUCAUUUCACUGGAUUUAUUGGUUCACAAAGCCUCUUUUUAAUAGUUAGACCUAUAGCCUUCCCUCCUGUGUCUGUCUGUUUCACACAUUUCUCUUACUGCCUGGCUGUUGUCCUUAGAGAACUCUCCUUUCUCUUCUUCGGCUCUCCCCACCUCCUCCCUCUCUCCCUCACAGCCUCCUCCUCUGCUGUUCCUCCUCUCUCUCCUGUCGACACUUCCUCAUCCCUGUCCACCUCGGGAAGUAGUCCCUGUCUCCCUCCUUCCUCCACCUCCUCUGAGGGGUUAGGGGUGUGCCUGCUGCCCCCGUCCCUCCCGGACCAGGCUUGGGGGGUUCAGGCUCAGGAGGCCUUCCUGCUCUUCUGUCUGGCCGUGGGUCCCAGUGAUCUCCACAUUCACUGGCAGGUGAACGGGGCCCACCUGGAGACGCCCGUCACAGAGUACCGUCACCCCCUGGUCCACGGGGACCCCGAUGGAGAAGUGCUGGUGAGCAGCUGGGUGAGAGAGAGGGCCCUGGUCAAGGACUCCAGCUACCAGUGUGUCGCUGCGUCCAGCGCAGGAAAUGACACGUCUAAAGUGGACCUCAACAUCCUCAGUAGAGAUGAAGACAGUAUUCCAUCCAGAGAUAUGAGCCAAUGGAGGGGUGCCCUCUCAGAACAUGAAAAACUGCUAAAGAGAUGGAAAAGAGCUUGGGUAGGUUUAUAUUCACUAAGCACAAAAUCAUUGCGAAAGUAGUGAACUUAGAUUGGGGUGUUUUGUGUGUGUCAGAAACUGCAGUGCAACUAAAGAUAUUUGAAUAAAAAAAUGUUUUUAUAAUGUUGGGGAAAAAAUACAUUUGAUAAAAGCUUCAUAACGCUGCCUGAGCAUGUGCGUGACAGAUUACAUAACACAUGAUUUAGAAGCCACCCUGAACUCACGCAUGCUUUUUAACUUUGCGUGUCAACUAUUGAUGGCUCUGCAUGUCUGUUUAGGGCUGGGGCCAAGGGGGAGUGGUUUGAACAUUGUGCUCCCCUUAGAACACUGCAGAGGUGAUGAAUUCCAGUGAAUCAGGAAAUGAAAGCCCCAUACUUCUACACAGUUCAACAAUAGUCCACUAUUUAAAACGGCACAAAAAUGUGGUUGUUUCCUGGUUCAACCUUGUAUGUGUCUAGGGCAAGGAUCAUCAACUAGAUUCAGCUGCGGGACAAUUUAUUUAUUGAGCAGAUAGUCAGGGGGCCGGAACAUAAUUAUAGAUCAUUUGUAGACUGCAAAAUUGACCUCAAGAAGCCCAAACAGAUAUAAAAUUUGACAAAAACAUAAUCAUUACAAUGUCAAUUUACUUUUAAUCCGGCUGUCUGCAUAUUUCAAGACAUGGCAUAUGAGGGUGCAGUGAGACACCUGAUGUGUUGGAUGAUACUUUUCUCGUCAAUCAUCUUGAAAAAACGUAUACUUAAAAACUGGAAAUCAACCAAUCCUCCGUCGUUA